CUAUCACCACCUGCCCCUCACUGCCAGCUUCCUUUAGCAGCCCUAGUCCUUAACUCACCAAAAGCAAAUAUGCCAUGGGCUUGAACAACAGCAGAUUGUACGAUGCCCUCCCUGUAGAUGCCACACCUUGUUUACUACCUGCGCAGUAGAAGCCCAGCUUUAUUGCAGCAGAGCUGAGUCAUCAACAAGCGCAAACAAGAAUCAGCAGUGACCAGUGCAAUCCCUUGGCGGGGAACACCGCCUUUAGGCCUUGUUCUAAAGACCUGCACCUAGUCCACCUAGUCCACCUACCUACCUUGUUGUGCAAAACCGCCUACUCUCACCUACCUACCCACUCACUCACGCACUCGUUCAACAACAUCAAAACCGCUCAAAAUCCUAAAGCUCUGGGCCUGUAUACCAAGUCACACCACAAUUGCUCUGUAAACUGUGCAUUUCUCGCCCCCCACACACCAUCAACAGUGGUCUGUUACACCACUGUAGAGCACAAUGGUUGGCCUAGGACCUAAGAAGCCCCCAUCCCGGAAGGGUACCGGCUCUUUCGCCGAGGUCCCUAAGUCCUUGCUCAAGGAAAUCCAACACCUUGAGAAGCUUCUUACUGUCGACACGGCGAAGCUGAAGGAGAUCACCGACCACUUCGUGAGCGAGCUCACCAAAGGCCUGAGUAUUGAGGGCGGCAGCAUUCCAAUGAACCCGACCUGGGUCAUGUCAUUCCCAACUGGCUAUGAAACUGGCACUUUCCUGGCCCUCGACAUGGGAGGCACCAACCUCCGGGUAUGCCAGAUCACCUUGACUGAUCAGAAAUCCGAGUUCGACAUCAUCCAGUCCAAAUACCGCAUGCCAGAGGAGCUUAAGACGGGCGAUGCCGAAGAACUCUGGGAGUACAUCGCCGAGUGCCUGCAUCAAUUCAUUGAGACGCACCAUGGCACCAGCAAGCUGGAUAAAUUGCCGCUGGGAUUCACCUUCUCUUAUCCGGCCACCCAGAAUUACGUCGAUGAGGGUAUCCUGCAGCGGUGGACCAAGGGCUUUGACAUUUCAGGUGUUGAGGGCCGGAACGUUGUGCCCAUGUUCGAGGCCGCUCUAUCACGGAAGGGAGUCCCUAUUAAGCUGACCGCUCUGAUCAACGAUACUACUGGUACCCUGAUCGCCUCGGCUUACACCGACACCAAAAUGAAGAUAGGCUGCAUCUUCGGAACCGGCUGCAACGCCGCCUACAUGGAGAACUGCGGAUCUAUUCCCAAGCUUGCCCAUAUGAAUCUGCCACCCGACACCCCAAUGGCCAUCAACUGCGAGUGGGGAGCGUUCGACAACGAGCACAAGGUCCUGCCCCGAACGCCGUACGACCUCAUCAUCGACAGAGAUUCUCCACGCCCUGGUCAGCAGGCUUUCGAGAAGAUGAUUGCAGGCCUGUAUCUGGGUGAGAUCUUCCGACUGAUAUUGGUUGAUCUGCACGACAACCACGAGACCUCCAUCUUUGAGGGGCAGGACAUUGCCAAGCUCCGACGGCCGUACUCUCUCGACUCGUCGUUCCUGUCUGCCAUCGAAGACGACCCGUUCGAGAACCUGUCGGAGACCUUUGAUCUUUUCCAGAGCAAGCUUAACCUUAGCCCGAACGGGCCCGAGCUGGAGCUCAUCCGCCGAGCUGCCGAACUGAUCGGCACUCGUGCGGCCCGCCUCUCGGCUUGUGGCGUCGCUGCGAUUAGCAAGAAGAAGGGCUAUAAGAGCUGCCACGUCGGUGCCGACGGAUCGGUCUUUAACAAGUAUCCCCACUUCAAGGCUCGUGGCGCAAAGGCCCUGCGGGAGAUCUUGGAUUGGCCCGUGAAGACGGACCCCAAGGAGGAAGACCCCAUUGAGAUCCUGGCGGCCGAAGACGGUAGUGGCGUCGGAGCUGCCCUGAUCGCCGCGCUCACACUGAAGCGGGUCAAGGAAGGUAACCUGGCGGGUAUCCUGCACCCGGAGAACUUCACUUGAGCCUCGACCUCGUGGGUCCAACAAAACGCGCUGUCUCUCUCUUUACUUCGGGGCUAAAUUCAGGCUGUGGAAGGAUCUUGCUCUUGGUAAUGCCCGAGCACCGAGUGUCGGGUUUGCGCAAGGAAGGGGACUUUAACCUAGAAACGUACAAACCGGGAGUCGAUACUCUGCAAUCUGCGUUAGUGGACCGUGACUAGAAAAUCAAGGCAGGGAUUUGAUCGCAACUUACUGUCAAGUGUCCAGUACCUCCUCCGGACGCCCUCCCACUCCCCUUUACCGGCCUCCUCCAGCCCCUUCAAAUCGACGUCGACGACUUGCCAGUCCACGUCCAG